CAGGCCAUCACCAGAGACAUGCUCAGUUGGGACACAGCAAACCAUAAAGACUCUCCAACCGCAUGUCAGAAGUAAAGGGACACAGACAACAUCACAUCAUACAGACAUUUGCGAAAAACAUCUCCUUGAGCAGCAAGAGUGGACCUCAAGGAUGGAGCAGGAUGAGCCCCAGCACUCCUACAUUAAAGAGGAAGAGGAGGAGCCCCCACAAAUAAAAGAGGAAGUGGAUCCCCACAUUAAUGGGGAAGAAAAGCCAAAGCAACCACACAUUAAAGAGGAGGAGCCGCAUACCUCUUACAUUAAGGAGGAGGAAAUUGAGUCACACCCUUCCCUCACCUUACAGAGAAAUAGCUCCUCUCACAUUAAAGAAGAGGAGGAGGAACACAGCAUCUGUCAAGAAUGGUUGGAGGAGUUCCAUGUCAUUGUGAAGAGUGAAGAUGAUGAGGUCAAAGGUGAGAGUGAGGAGAAGAGAGAGGCGGAGCCUCCAAGCAGCAGCUCAACUCAACACAUGACAACAGAAGCUGAUGGAGACCACUGUGGAGGAUCACAAGCAGACAAGCUCUUAGCUCCACUAUCAGAUAGUGAGGACACAACGUCACACUCUCCUGACACUGAUGAUGAAGACUCUAAAGAUGAUAAGACAUGUCACACUGACAACACACGCCUGACGUGUCCUCACUGCGACAAAACGUUCAAAUAUCGUUGCUUUCUGAAAACACACAUGAGAAAACACACAGGGGAGAAACCUUUCUCUUGCUCAAUCUGCGGUAAAGGUUUUUCACAAAACGGUGCCUUGACAUUACACAUGAGAACACACACUGGAGAAAAACCUUUUCCUUGUUCAGUCUGCGGCAAAUAUUUUACUCAAAGGCAACAUUUGAAAAUACACAUGAUAAUGCAUACCGGAGAAAAACCUUUUUCCUGUUCAAUCUGCGAUAGAGGUUUUGUACAACGCAGUGAGUUGAAGGUACACAUGAGGACGCACACUGGAGACAAGCCAUUCAUGUGCUCAAUUUGUAGUAAAAGAUUCACCCAGAAGGCCAAUUUAAUCAUGCACACAAGAAUACACAGUGGUGGAAAACAUUUUAUCUGUUCUGUCUGUGGUGCAGGAUUUACACAAAAUCACAAUUUAAAAACUCACAUGAGAAUACAUACUGGGGAAAAACCCUUUUCAUGUUCAGUUUGUGGUAAAGGUUUUAUACAUGUUGGCGAGUUGAAUGUACACAUGGUAAUGCACACAGGAGAAAAACCUUUUUCUUGUUCAGUGUGUGGCAAAGGUUUUAUACAAAGUAGUUGUUUGAAAGUACACAUGAGAAUACACACUGGAGACAAAUCAUUCAUCUGCUCAAUUUGUAGUAAAGUAUUCUGCCAGGAAGCACAUUUGAAAGUACACACAAGAACACACACUGGUGAAAAACCGUUUAUCUGUUCAAUAUGUGGUAAAGGCUUUACUCAAAGUCACUCUUUGAAAACACACAUGAGAAUACACACAGGAGAGAAAGUGUUGAGUUGCAGUGUGUGUGAUGAAAGAUUCUCUUCUAAGUACCAGUGUAAGAAACACAAGUGUGCUGGUGAGAACAGCAGCAGCACAUGAAGAUGCAGGAGUUGAAAUAAACUGUCAAAACUUUAACUUUCUAACAACAUCAGCACAUAUAACAUGUGUGACAUCAUUGUUGCGUGUGUAACACUAUCUUGUUAAUAUGAUUCUAACAUUUAUAGAUAUUUUUCCGUCAAGUACAUGAAUUAAUAUACAAUAUUGUGUACUUUUAUUUAUAAUGAACAGAACCAUUUGAAAAGGUGAAACUAAACACAUGUUACAUACAAUAAAUAUUUCACUUUUGAACAUAUUUACAGCGUUUUUAUAUAGGUUUUUAGAAUAAAGAAGUGUAUCAUAUUUUUAUGUCUAAUUAUGAAUGAUUCCAUAGAUGAUAUCCUUUACACGAUGCACGUGUUUGUUUUACAUGUGUUCAUACCUUUGCUUUUGAGUACAAAUAAAUCCGUCUUAGUUCAUAUUUACUGGUUCACAUCUGAAACAUCUUCUGGAAGCAUAUUAUUAUUUACUUUAUGCAUCAUAUGAGCAGUUGUGUUGUACACACGAUCAUUUACUUUUAACAUUUAUGAAUCAAUUGUUGGGUCUCUAUAACCCAUUCUAUUAUCUUUAUUACUCUCUUGUAAUGUGAAUAUUGUUUGAUAUUGAUUGUUUUAUAUGUAUGUCCCUUAUGCAAUAUAAAGAUGAGAGAAGAUGGCAGAAUUCUUUAUGGAAGGCUUUGAAAUAUGGUUUUAUUUUUACGAAUCUACAUUUGUGAAUAAAAAAAAAUAUACCCUUGACAAUUGCUGUUUAAAACAAUAUUUUUCCUCUUUCUUCGAAUCCGAAAACUAUCAAUUUCAGAAAACAUGGGCAAGUUUGGAAUGUUAGGGUAAGCCAUCAUCCCGCAGAGCUUUACUGUACAUACAUUCAUCAAAUAAAUGCACUGUUGAUACU